AUGCGGACUUCUGCUGCGGGAUGCGCUCGCCGGCCGAGCCGCGAGUGGGGCCGCCUCGCCAGCAGUCCAGCGUCGAGGGGUGGCUACUCAGCAACGCGCCGCGACCCCGGUCACGAAAUGUCACGCAGCGCGCCCCGCCUGCCCCUUUCCCCGCCCCCUAAUGCCGGCGCCGCCGUCGGCGGCUUCGAACCGAGGCCUUCGGCGCCCGCUCGGUCGCGCCGCCGCACGCCCUUCCGCUCGCCCUCGCGCCCUCGCGCCCGCCGCGCGAUCCCGGGCGGCGCGCGGCAGGUCCGCGUGGCCCGGCGCCGAUAUGACGCAGCGACGUUGGCGUCGCGGCGCCCCUCACGCCUGCAAGGACUGCGGUGGCCUGCGAGGCACCUCCGACCAAACGCAUCUGCGUCUGCUCCCUCCUCCCACCCCCCUGCCACCUGCACUCCCUACGCCCGCCCCCUCACCCCGCCCAUCCCGCGCCGGCCCACCGCCCCGCGGAAGGACCGCACUCCAGCUCUGAUCGCCAGCACUGCCGGACACACAGCUCGUAGGCUCAGCGCGACACACCGAUCACGCGCCGGCAUCGCCAUGUGCCCCACCGCUGCGGGCAACUCGCGCCGGCCCGUCCAGACUGGUGUCCGGUUACCGCGUGUCCAUCUCGAAUCUGAUCGCCCCGUGGGAGUGCCGUAA